CGUAGCUCUCCGCUCUCUGCGCCCGUGUUUCUGUUUCUUGAAAAGUGUCUCGUGUAUUUUGUGAUUGGAAAAUAGUGAAACGAUGUUUUGGCAUCGAGGAGGUCGCUGGCUGUCAACGAACUGAGCCCGUAGAUACUCCAUCUUUGGCACCGGAAGCAGCAGCGGAUGUGCCGAUGAUGGACAAUCCGUCGUACUUCGCGUUACCGGAUAAAGAUGUCACCGAUAGUGCGGAGUUCCAGGGGAGUGAGGCAUACUCCCGGUCUGCUCCGAGCCGCGUCUGGCCGGACCAGGUCCGGGUUGGUCCGCUGGGCUCGCCGAGACGCAGGGAGCCCGAGAGUCCUAGAAGAAAGGAGUUCCGGGCGCUUCUGCGGUCCCUAUCAGCUAAAGAACCCGAGCAAGCAGAAGCGUUCCUCAAAGGGGAGCCAAGACCUGGAGACUGCGCACCUGGUGAUAUGAGACACACGUUUACUGCUCCGCGGAUAAAGAAGGGCAAGAUAUGUGCAAAAGUCGUAACACCAGAAGGAACCCAGGAGCGGGAAGAAAUAUUCUAUACAAUUCCUCUGCAAGGCCGCAGAAGGCAUUCUGUGGGAGGAUACUUGGCUACUGGAGGCGGCGGGACUGGCGAGGUCACCACCGUACCUAGCGAAGUACCCAGGAUGCCUCCACCAAGAUUCAACCCUAAAGAGGACGAAACUGUGAAAAGAAGGCGGCCAAAGAACUUUACCUUUAAAGAAAUGGAAGACAUAGCGAUAUUGUGGAGCUCGGGGUCCCCGGAGAGUGCACUGUGGUCCGACUACCUCGUCGCCAGCUUCGACAAAAUCAUGUCCCAAAGGGCACGGCACCAUUACAGAGUUACACCAAUAACAGCAGAGGAGCUGCUUUCAUCAGACGCCCAUGACAAGCUGGACAAGCUGACGAAAGCACAGCUACAGAUUAUAAUCAUGUGUCCGAUCCUGGCCACCAAGAUGGCGGACUUAAAGCGGGACACCAACUGUGAAAACCUUUUCAAGGCUGACAAAAUAUUAGUCAUGCUCUUGGGAGUCGAGAAGAACCAAAUUGUAAUGAAUAAUUGCGAAGAUUAUCCGACCAUAGAACAAUGGCAAAUGAUGAUGGUCCGCGAGAAGGACACGUCCUUCGUGGACACCUUCCUGACGGCCGCCGUGGGCAUCCUCAGGACCAAGGACUGCAAGGACACAGCCACUGACCGAACCAGCUUCUCCAUUGUACCAAAGAAAGUCAAAAUAGGCCAGAGUCGGGUGAUAGCGCUACUCAACGACCCCAUUAGAGAAGAGGACAGCAUUAAGAUAAUGGUGGACAAGAAGGGAGAGGUCAUCAACAUACCCUCCUUUAAGAAGAGGAACCCAUAUACGUUGCAGUUCGAUAUACCAGAAUCCUGCCUUGACGUGUCAAUGUUGGUGUGGGUCCGAGUAAGCAAGAACGGGCAGUCCCUGGGCCGCCGCCAGAUCAAGUGUGAGAGUCGUCUUCGAGAGCUGGACCAGCUGCUGCGUGCCUCCGACCACCCUCUGGAGUUCAUGUGUCAGACUCUUGGUUUCAAGACAACUAGCAAGGAACAGUUAGACAGUUGGAUGCUGAACGCCUUUCAGAAGAACAUACCUCCACAUUUCAAUCUGCUGGCGUCCAACGAACAGUUUAAUCCAAAGGCGGACGUGUCGAGUGGUGAGGAAUACCCCACUCUCCUCCACUGGGCGGCUCGGUUCGGUUUGGAGAGGGUGUGCUGGCAGUUGCUGGAGUGUCCGGGAGGCGGCGCGGCCGUGGCGCUGCGGAACGUGAGGCAGCGGACCCCGGCCGACCUCGCCAGGGACCACAAGCAUUUCAGGUUGGCUGACAUGCUGGCCGACCAUUUGAAAAUCAAUGAAUUCUCUAAUAUGUAUUACUAUCUGAAAAACAUGUCUGAUAAUGAUAAGGAUGAUAAAGAAGAAUGCCAAGAAAACCUUAAGGAGCUUCGCAUUGUAGAAUCAGGAGAUACAGUAGAUUCUCCAGUUCAAGAGAAAUCUGAAACAUCAUCAGACCCCUUCAGCGAAGCCUGUACACAGAAUCUGGAAGAAAACGCUGAAAAACCUGCAGAAGAGAAAAAGCAGCGCCCGACCCUAAAAUUGCCUCCGGUGAAAGAACAAUUUUACCAAAACGAGUUCCCGUUAAUCGACGACACCGUAGGCAGGAUUCAACAGGCUAUAGAACAUGACUAUUUAGUUCAGCCAUCAAACAUAAAGGUCGAGAGUCCAAAAUUCAGACCAAAUAAUUUGUAUGCCAAUAGUUCGCGUCUGAUGGCACAACAAGCCGACAUAUUUUUGUAUUCACCCACCGAAGAAUCGAAGACUUUCAAUAUUGAUACCCCUACUAGUGAUAUAAGCCAAAUAAAUCUAAAUACCAAAGAAUCACGUUGCAGCGGCAGCGUCAAAAGCUGCAGAGAAAAUUGCCCUUUGACGGGCCAAGAAGAGCUAGCAGAAAUAAUUAAUGACUUUAAGAAUAACGUAUUCACAAUAUCAGAAGUGGAGAAGUUAGUUAUGGAGUGGAGAAAUAGAAACGAGACGCAACAAUCGAUGAAAGAAAAGCAGGAGCAAUUGAAUAAGAUGAGGGAGGAGUACGAUAAGAUUCAACAAAAAAUCAAAGAUAAUAUGAAACGACCUACUCCAUUCGAAAGGGUGAAGAAGAUGUUUUCCAAGAGUAAAAGCAAAAAUCACCAAGAAAACGGUAACGGCACGAUCGAGAAGAGAAACGGAAAUACGAGACCAAAUAGUAGUUUAAGUGAAAGUUCUUCGUCUUCCGGACGUCUGAGCACUGUAAGUGGAGGCAGUGUGACAGAGACCCACAGCAUGCAAUCCGAGAUCGAAGACAAAACUAGAUCUAUUAUUUCAACGAGCACUCUGACAAUGCACUCGUGUGACGACAGCCACUUGGACGAUUACCUGAUCCCGCCGCCGCCCCGCCCCGUCAACGGGUGCCCGCAGUUCACCACCUUUGGACACCCUAAACAUGAUUCGAGGAACAUGCACAUGGCCACAAUAGUGGAGCGUGAAGCGUCAGCGUCGCGCGAGCGAUUGGAUUGCGAAGACGCGCACGCCAGCACGCAUUUACGCAUGAACUUCGCAAAGGAGCGGCCGCGAUGCGACGAUCGCGAUGGUGCACAUAUGUAUAUGAAUAUUUCAGCGACGCACACGUAAAUGUAACCUAUUAUCAAAAAGAUUCAAAGACAUUAUGUCUAGAGGACUAAUUAUUGGCAAGGCCAAUUAGCUUUCGAACCCAUUUCAAAUUGAGAACGUUUUGCUCUCAGAGCAUUAUAUAUUGUAGUGGAUGUGCACCCCAAGGACGUUUAGCUUCCAAAACCUCCUGAUCCGUAAAGAUUAUACUGUGUAUUAUAUAUUAUAUAAAUAUAAUAAAAUGAAUGAGAUGUGUCAGAGCGACAAACAUUUAAUUUUGACAUAUUUUUUAUUAACCAGAUAAACAAAAUUUUUCUAUACAAUCAACUUGUUAGAAUUGUUCAAAUAGCUGAGGUAUUUUUGACUACGCUAGAGUUUACGUUUUGUAAUUUUGAAUGUGCCUACUUAAGUACUCAGAAUUUCUUUGAACGACAUUUGUCAUUGCAAUUUAAAUAAUAUGCAAAAUUGGCAAUACUAUUUCAUACUUUUAAAGUAUGAAAAUUGCAGUUAUCCGAAUUCUUUCAUUACUUAUAUCGAAGAUUAAUUUACGAAAAAAAGUCAACUCGCUUUUCUGAUUUGGUUCAAUACGAAUAAUUUGAACAUUUUUUGUAAUACAUUUUUAAUACUACAAGAGAUCCUGUAAUGAUACGGAUUAAAACAACGCUUUCGGUUUGAGCAUAUAACUUGCAGUGCAAAUGAUUGUUGCUUAGGAAACCGGUAACAACGCACCUAGUGUAAUGCGCAGAUGCAAGAAAAUCAAUAGUCGCCAGGCUCAGCCUGAGUUGAGUUGAAUCAAUACAAUACACGAGAGCUAACAAUUAAACCAAACUAAGCAAUGGCAAUUUUCGUAAAAAUAGAAGUCCUGUAAAUAAACUAAAGGUAAUUUUAAGAAAAUCUUUUCAAGAUUGUGUUACUAUGACUUGAAACCAGAUGUUUGAAUUUCGGACUUUAUAACUGAAAGAAUAAGGUUCUAAAUAUGUGAGGGAAGUUCGGCAUUUUUAUGGUUUUUCUUAUUCUUAUGCGUACUCGGAUAAAUUUGUUAAUUUUUCAAAACAUCUUGGUUUUGUAUUGUUGCUGUACUUAGUGUUUUGGAAUCAUAAAAUGAAGGAUAUUUCCUAUAAAUGUUAACAAAGAAUAAGAGUUAGAUCUUGAAAACGUUAAAACGUCAUUUUAUAUUGCAUUUUAUUAUACGUAUAUAGUGGACAAUAACGCGUUAUUUUUUAGUCUGUCUAUAAAAUGAAGAAAAUAAACAAGAGCGCUGUUGUCCUAUUCUUGGUUGGUAACACUGUUUUUCAUCAACCAAUCUUAACCAUUCUUUUUGGUAUUGCAAUGCAAAAUAAUAUUUUUUAAUGAACUAGGUUAAAAAUCCGUUUUCUUUAAAGACCGACUGUAAAAACACAGUUUAACACAAAUAAACCGACACGGAAUUGAAAAUGAGUAGUUAGAUUAAAAAUGAGAAGUUAGUAUAUGACUGAAUGACGUUUUGCGAUAUUCUGUCAUGUUUAGAUUUGUCAUUUAAUUCGAUCACGAGUGCUUGAAGACUGAAUGAUAUCUACUUUUGUACAUUAUGUAAAUAGCCAUAGAUAUUCCUUUCUAUUUAUUUUCAUUCGAAUACCUUACAAUGUAAGAUGGUAUUUUAAUUUUAAAUAGUACAAAAUAUACUCCUCUAGUUUAUGGUUAAUCGACUAGGAAGCAUGCAGGAAUUUAUAGGGAAAUAAAAUAUGAUUUCGUACUUUUGUAUUAAUGUAUUCCAAAAUUGCAUUUAUGUACGUAUUACAUUCUUGAAAUAAAUUAUAAGUUCAUAAGUA